GAGGAGCGACUUUGGAUCACAGGUGGUUCGUUGUUGUUCAAAUUAGUUCAAGCCAAGCCACACUAUUGACAGCUACUCUGUUUGGUAGCCUAACAAUGUGGCCUAAUUAUUGAUACUAGGCUAUAAAUCACUGACAAGCUUAGUGACUGACAGCAGAUUUUGGCGGGAUCAGUGAGAGUAGGCUACCAGCCUACCAGCUGCUGUAGGCUUGGGUGAAUUCUGUUGACAACCGAGAAGAACGGGACCAUUUUCCCGCACUAAAAUGACAAAGUGACGUACUUCCUCUCUGCUAGAGGCUGUAACAUGUUGUUCUGAGAUACAAGCUAACAUAGAAACUGAUUUAAUGUAUCUUUUUAAUAUCUGGUCAUGUUCGUGUGCGGAGUAACACUGUGGUGACUGCUGAAAGCGCCACAAUCCGAUAUUUGAUGUAAAAACACAAGUGCCCUGCUUCGCUGAGCGGAGACACUCCCGGUUGCACUUUAUCAACAUCCAGGGUCCCUGAAGUAGUAGCAGGUGGAGAUAUGAGCAAGGCCAAGUCAUCCAGGGACAAGAGAUCCACCCAGCCUGCUCUCAGCAGAGUCACCCGCAGUUCCUCCACCCAUUCCAGGCAGGCAGACUUACUCCAGCCCCAGGCCUCUGGAACUAGCUCAGGCCCCCAGGCCCACGCAGGUGGCCGACAGUCAGACACGGGCCUCGUUCAGGACCUCAGCUUGAUGAGUGUCAGUGAACAGCAGGCCUCAGUAGCUCGCCGAGGGAGACCCUCCAAAACGGGUACCAGUGGCAUUCUAGCAGACGUUGGCGCCCACCCCGAAGCCUCACUCUCAGUCCCUCCCUCAGCCCCAAAAAGUGGCCUGGGCACCAUAGCCCGUCUCAUCAAGCUUGGCCGACUGAAGAACAUAGUGGUGGUCGCAGGGGCUGGUAUCAGCACUGCCAGCGGGAUCCCAGACUUCAGGACACCUGGGACUGGUCUGUACGCCAACUUGGAAAAGUAUGACAUCCCUUACCCAGAGGCCAUCUUCAACAUCGACUACUUCUCCAAUGACCCGCGGCCCUUCUUCUCCCUGGCUAAGGAGCUGUACCCGGGCCACCACCGGCCCAACUACGUGCACUACUUCCUCCACAUGCUGCACCAGAAGGGCCUGCUGCUGCGCCUGUACACACAGAACAUCGACGGCCUGGAGCGCAUGUGUGGCAUCCCAGAGGACAAGCUUGUGGAGGCCCAUGGCAGUUUCGACACAGCGUCGUGCCAUUUGUGCUACACGCCGUAUCCAUCGGAGGAGGCCAAGAGAGCCAUCAUGUGUGGCAGCGUCCCAACGUGCUCAUUUUGCCAGGCCACGGUUAAACCUGACGUUGUGUUCUUUGGGGAGGAUCUGCCACAAAAGUACUUCCAGCACACCACCGACUUCCCCAAGGCAGACCUCCUCAUGAUCAUGGGCACGUCUUUACAGAUUGAGCCAUUUGCCAGCCUGGUGAAUACGGUGCGUUCGACAGUGCCGCGGCUGCUGCUGAACCGGAACGCGGUGGGGCCAUUUGAGCGCCGGCCGCUGCGCCGAGGAGACUACAUGGAGCUCGGAGAUCUGAGCGAGUCGGUCAGCAAGCUGGCCCAGGUCCUGGGCUGGCACCAGGAGAUCCAGGAGCUCAUGUGGAGUCAGGAGAACCGGUGUGCUCCCCAGCGGGUGACCAAUGCCAUGGAGCAGCAGGCAGCGCAGGGGAGGAGAGAAGUGGACGGCCCCCCCGGCAGACGGCCCAAAACCUCCAGUGGGGCCCGCUCGGGCAGCGAGGAGUCCGACGCCUCCGAGACGGACAGUAUGAGUACAGAGUCAUCUGGGCCUAGUAACUAACAAACAUACACACGCACGCACGCACACAUACACAUAUAAACACACAUAAAUGCAUACACACACAUACACACGCCAGUUUUCAUCCAGUGUCCUGUUUUGUGUGCGUAGUUCUUAUCACAUGUGUGCUGCUGAUAUCCCUCCACAUCUCUGCUGUCACAAAAGGUUCUGGAGCGUGACAUGCGGGGAAGGAGAAUAACAUGUUUGGAAGGUAAACAAAAACAUGGCACUUACUUAGCAUUGUUCAAUCUACUCUUUAUGUUGUCAGAGUCCAGCGGUUUUUAUCUGUUUUUAUUGUAAGUCAUGUGUUCACUUAGUUUCUUCCAUGUGUUUGCUAAGCCAUUGCAAUAAUGAACCGCAUCCAUCCACACAGAGACCAACUUUUCUCUUUUGGGCUUAAGCCAUUUCUCCUCCUGAGAGACAUUGGGGUUUUGUGUGUGUUUGUGUGUGUGUGUGUGUGGGGGGGGGUGGGGUUGUGUGUUGAGUUUGGCUUGGGGAGAGGCUGAAAUGGGGAGCUAAAUCCAGCUCUGAGCAAACCAUGCUAAAUUAGUAUGGGGGGCAAGAGCCCGUGUGUGUGUGUGUGUGUGUGUGUGUGUGUGUGUGUGUGUGUGUGUGCACACUCCUUACAGGGGCACUGAGGAGGCCAGGCAGAGGGGUUCCCUCCUAUGCUAAUAAAUGUCUCCACAGUGCAACAAAGAACCCCAAUAUCCUGCUGUGUGUGUGUGUGUGUGUGUGUGUGUGUGUGUGUGUUUAGAGAGGAGACUUUUUUGCAUGGUUUGUCAUUAAAGAAUGCAAUUAUUCAAUUUUGUGUGUACAUAGUGUUCUGUAGAGUUUUAGGGUUAAAAACACAAUAUGUGGCCUCGCUGUGCAUUCCAGUGGUACACUGCAUUUAGACAUGGGGUGGGCUGGACAGAACACCUCCAAAACAGUGGCUUCUCCAUCCCUUCACUCUGUGUCUAAAUUUAUGGACAAGCUGCUUAAAUCACUGUAAAACUUUUGCAUGUACAAUUUUUACAAGUGUAAUGAUUCAGUUGUUAAAGACUGCUACUCGUGCUUGUAUACCUUUUAUGUUGUGUAUGUUAUGUAUUUGUAUUGAAGUUUCACAGUUUAAUAAAAAGCAAUAAAAAGUUUUCAUGAGAACUGUGAA